AGGGCGUGGUCUGCAGCGGGAUCAGCUUCAUUGUGUCGUUACGGAGGACUCUCCUGUCCCCGCCUGUCUGUCUCCGUCUCCUCACGGUGGAUUUUUAACCAGGAUUUUUCCCGCCGGUGCGAUUCCGUUUCGUUCAGUGUUGACGGUGGAUUAUCAAUGUGUUUGUGAGCGACCGAGACACAGCACGAGACAGAGCCGCGGACAGAGCCGCGGACAGAGCCGCGAGCAUCGGCCUGUCUCCUGUCCUCAACCCGGUGUCCGUGGAGCCAGAGUCGACCUCCACCAUGACCCUCUGACAUCAUCACCACCCUAUGAAAAAAUGGUCUUCGUUGAUUGGCUGUUACCACGGCAACAGUGGCCACCACUUAUGCUACUACUUGUAUUCACUGUCCAUUUCCUGUCUGAGGCCUUGACCACGCCCUUCCCCAAAGACCUGCAGCCAAUCAGCAUAGUCUCCUCUCAGCACUCAUAUCACUUUUCAGGUUUUCAUGGUCUCCAUGACAACGACACUCAGCGACUCGGCCUUGACUUCCAGACCAUGAUCCGCAUCAACCAUGUGCUGUUCAUCGCUGCGAGUGAAGGAUUGUGGGAAAUCUCUUUUUUCAGAGAUCACGUGUUCGCAGUGAAUCUGACGACCACAGCAGCGGCACUGGAUAAUGUCAUCGUUCCUCAGCUGACGAUGACGUGGAAAUCUGAAGACGUGAGCAAAUGUAAAGUGAGAGGAAAGAACAGCGACGAAUGUUACAACUACAUCAAAGUUCUGGUUCCCAGAAACGAUGAAACACUUUUCACCUGUGGGACCAACGCUUUUAACCCCACCUGCAGGGACUACCAGAUGACCUUGUUGGAGCAGCUUGGCGACGACCUCAUCGGUCAGGCUCGAUGUCCCUUCGAGUCACAUCAGUCCAACAUUGGACUGUUCACAGGCGGGGACUUCUACUCAGCCACCACCACAGACUUCCUGGCCAGCGAUGCGGUCUUCUACCGAAGUCUGGGAGACAAUCGUCCAGUCCUCAGGACGUUCAAGUACGACUCUAAGUGGCUGCGAGAACCUCACUUCCUUCAUGCUAUUGAUUAUGGAAGCUUCGUCUACUUCUUCUUCAGAGAGAUUGCGGUGGAGUUCACCGUCCUGGGAAAGGUGGUCUUUUCUCGAGUUGCCCGCGUCUGUAAGAAUGAUAGCGGCGGUUCGCCCCGAGUUCUGGAGAGAUAUUGGACAUCCUACCUCAAGGCUCGUCUCAACUGUUCAGUCCCUGGAGAUUCUUUCUUUUACUUCGAUGUCCUUCAGUCUGUGACAAACGUGCUGCAGGUGAACGGGAGGCCGGCGCUUGCUGGAGUCUUCACCACCCAGGACAACAGUAUCCCUGGCUCCGCCGUCUGCUUCUUCUUCAUGGACGACAUCGAGAACGUCUUCAGCGGGACGUUUAAAGAGCAGCGAGCCAGUGACUCAUCCUGGACACCAGUACCUGACCAAAGGGUUCCCCAACCCAGACCAGGUGUGUGUGCAGGUGACGGCGCCGCUGCUGACUAUAUGUCAUCAGUUCAGUUUCCAGAUGAAACAUUGACCUUCAUUAAGUCGCAUCCUCUGAUGGACAAAGCUGUUCCGUCUGUCAACGAGCGGCCGUCCUUCAUGAGGACGUCCAGCAGGUCCAAGUUGACCCAGAUUGUGGUUGAUGUCUCUGCUGGCCCUUUCAAAGACCGCAUGGUGAUGUUCUUGGGCUCAGAUGACGGACGAGUCCUGAAAGUCUUGGUGAGCACACAUCUCAACAAUAGCAUCGGAACCAAACUGCUGGAGGACAUCGAUGUUUACAACCCGUCCAAGUGUAAUGUUCAGGGACAGGAGGACAGGGUGGUCCUGGGUCUGGAGCUGGAUAAAGACCACCAUGCCUUGUUUGUGGCCUUCAGUAGCUGUGUCCUCAGAGUUCCGCUCAGCCGCUGCUCUCAUCAUGGCGGUUGUAAACAAAGCUGUCUGACCUCUCGUGACCCGUACUGCGUAUGGCUGCGGAGCGGCUGUUGUGCCGACAUCACGCAGGGCUUAAAGUCGGGCUUUGAGCAGGACAUUGAGGACGAGCAUUUGUUUGACGUGGACGGUUGCUAUGCUGAUAUCUUGGCGACAUCACGGUCUGACUCCACCUACGACAUGGAACAGCAAGCCACCGCUAACGUCCACUACACGUUCCUGCUAGCCUGUAUCCUGGUGGCAUUCUUCCUGGGCAUGGUGGUGUCGGGUUUACUUGUGUCAUGUUACUGCAGCCGUGGCGCCGCUCAGCGAGCAGCGGCACUGGGAAAAGAACCUGAGGCGUCGCUGCCUCGCGCUCUUUCGUUACGAUCACUCGCGAAACUCAGUGGACUUCUCGAGGGAACGCCAAAGCAGGUCAAAGUGGGCGUGUCCACACCACGGCUAUACAGCUCUUUCAUGGCUAACAGUCAGGCCUCAUCAACCCCCCACACGCCAUCAUGUCACGACCUGCUGCUGGGCGGCGCCCACCUCAGGCUCGCUCAGGUGGAUGGUCAGCUGUCUGUCUUGACAUUAAGUGAGUGUAGCCCUGACUCCACCCCCUACUCAACCCCUGACUCCUCUUCUGAGCUGCCAGUGAACAAUCAGAAAGACUACAGCGUCAGAGACUACAGCGUCAGAGACUACAGCGUCGGAGACUACAGCAUCAGAGACUACAGCGUCAGAGACUACAGCGUCGGUGACAACAGCAUCAGAGACAACAGCGUCGGAGACAACAGCGUCGGAGACAACAGCGUCGGAGACAACAACAGCUUCGAAGACAACAGCGUCAGAGACAACAGCGUCAGAGAAAACGGCUUCAAAGACAACGGCGUCAGAGACAACAGCGUCAGAGACAACAGCGUCAGAGACAACAGCGUCAAAGACAACGACGUCAGAGACAACAGCGUCAAAGACAACGGCGUCAAAGACAACAGCGUCAAAGACAACGGCGUCAGAGACAACAGCGUCUCCUUGCUGCACGUCCUUGAGGAGAAAAAGACUUUGAGUAAUGAGCAAGCAGUGGCAGGCAGGGCAGGAGGCAGGAUAGGAGGCGGGGCCAUUUCGCAUCAUCACUGCACGCAGACGGCUAAUGACGUGUCGGCGCUGGAUGAGCUGCUCAAACACAUCCACGAGGUCAGUGCGUCUGGAAGUGGCGGCAUCAAGGUCCUCACCUCGUCCUCUUGUGCAGGACAGUACCACCAUCAUCAGUCUGCUCGACAUUAUAGCUCCUCCCUGCUGCCGACGGUCCGCCUCCCCAAAUGUCUGGACCCGCCUCCUCAAAACUCCACCUCCUCCACUCCACUCCUGGUUCCAGAAAAACCAAGAGGAAGCUUUGUGAUGCGCCACCACAGCUUUAACCUGCAGGGGGCGCCCAACACCAACAAUGGUCCCUCAGGCGGUAACAGGGGAGCUAAGGCUAAUAACGGCGGUGUUUCUCUGACGCGGCAGCACAGCUACAAUGAACGUCCAUGUGUCCUCCUAUCAACACUGUCAAUCAAACCACAAGUCCCGCCCACAUCUGUGCUCCUGACCAAGAUAGAGGCGUCACCAGCACAGGGGACAGAGACGUCCAACCACUGACAAGUUUCAACAUGGCCGCCACAGUCCUCACCCUUUAACAGGAAGUGGACAUGGAAUCAUGAGGACACGCCUCCAGACUCUGAGACAGAAGUGGACAUGGGACAGUGGGGACACACUUCCAGACUCUGAGACAGGAAGUGGACAUGGAACCAUGAGGACACGCCUCCAGACUCUGAGACAGGAAGUGGACAUGGGACAGUGGGGACACACUUCCAGACUCUGAGACAGGAAGUGGACAUGGAACCAUGAGGACACGCCUCCAGACUCUGAGACAGAAGUGAACAUGGGACAGUGAUCACACUAAGAGGUUGAUGUGGAUUAUUCAUGAUGGUGUUUAGUUUAGUUUAGUUUAGUUUCAUUGUUUUGUAAAAGAAACGAGCAAUAAACAUUUGAAAUGUGA